UCCGUUUAGCGCGAGGUGCAGGGUAUAAAGGCAGGGCGUGGGAGGCCGCUGCGGCAGUCAGUCAGUGGGGGGCCGCACUACCGAGGACUGCUCGGCAGCAGCAUGGACAACCGCACUGAGGACUCCGGCCUCGGGCCCUUCUUCGCCGCGCUCAAAGCGAGCGAGGGCGUGGAGAUGCUGGGCGCGGGCCUGUCGGGCGAGGAGCUGGCCAUGGUGCCGGAGCACUGGUUCCAGUACGAGGCGCCACCCGCCGCCGCGCACACCGCGCUCGCGCUGCUCUACAUCUUCCUCACGGCCGCCGCGCUCGUCGGGAACGGACUCGUCAUUUAUAUCUUUUCUACAACAAAAAGCUUAAGAACAUCAAGCAACCUCCUCAUCCUUCAGCUAGCCAUACUAGACUUCAUAAUGAUGGCGAAAGCGCCUCUCUUCAUCUACAACAGCGCGAUGCGCGGGUUCGCGACCGGCACCCUGGGCUGCCAGAUCUUCGCUCUCAUGGGCGCCUACAGCGGCAUCGGCGCUGGCAUGACCAACGCCUGCAUCGCGUACGACCGGCACUCCACCAUCACGCGACCGCUUGACGGACGCCUGUCUAGGGGGAAGGUCAUACUCAUGAUCAUCAUAGUGUGGCUUUACGCCACUCCAUGGGCUUUCCUGCCGUUCCUGAAGAUUUGGGGCCGAUAUGUUCCUGAGGGCUACCUAACUUCAUGCACAUUCGACUAUCUGACCAACACGUUCGACACGAAGCUGUUCGUGGGCUGCAUAUUCACGUGCAGCUACGUGUUUCCGAUGAGCCUCAUCAUCUACUUCUACUCCGGCAUCGUCAAGCAGGUGUUUGCCCACGAGGCAGCGCUGAGAGAGCAAGCGAAGAAGAUGAACGUAGAAUCUCUUCGGUCUAACCAGAACGCGAACGCGGAGUCGGCGGAGGUGCGCAUCGCCAAGGCGGCAUUGACCGUCUGCUUCCUGUUCGUGGCCUCCUGGACGCCCUACGGCGUCAUGUCGCUCAUCGGGGCAUACGGAGACCAACAGCUGUUGACCCCUGGAGUGACCAUGAUUCCAGCAGUGACAUGCAAAAUAGUUGCAUGCGUAGAUCCGUGGGUGUAUGCCAUCAGUCAUCCGAGAUACAGGCAAGAGCUGCAGAAGCGGAUGCCGUGGCUCCAGAUCGACGAGCCAGAUGACUCGACGUCGACAGCCACUAGCAACUCCACCGCCGCGCCGCCCGCCGCGCCCGCCUAGACCCACGACUGCUCAAAUACCAAUAAGAUACUACCGACAAGAUGACAAACGACAACACGCUUUCUACUACGGACUACCGAUGAUUCUGCGACGUUGUGUUUAAAUAUUCAGAUUGAUUUUCUGUGAUGUUUAACAUGAGUUUAUUUUUAAUUUAGUUAAGUUAACAAUGCAUAUAAAAAAUACAAAAAAAUAUAUACUUACCUAAAAACCUGCCUGUAGUUAGGUAGGUGUGAAAGUUUAUCGUAAAAUUAUUUAUGAAAAAUAAAAGUUUUUCAUUGCA